UGAGGCUCGCAGCAUGACGGCGCACUACAGCCGUGACUCAAACAGAAUUUCAUCUUUAACAUAAAUGCCUAAUGGGAUCGGACGGCUGCAAUCAUUUCAACUGGAGCUGUUUAGUUUCUGGUGCUGACUCGAUGAGUUUCAGGCUUCACACCAUCUUUCUGAUCUGUUUCCAAGACGUUCUAAAAUGACCUUCUCCAAUGAGCAACAUGCACAGACAGAGGUUGGUGUAUAAAAAGCUGCAAGUUCCUGAGCACCAAUGGAUGACCACCAGAAGAGGAAUUUAACGUUUUUCACCAUCGGGCUGAUAUUUAUGCUGAGCGGCAUAGAAUACGCUGUCAUUCUGCCAACAAUAUGGAAGUACCUGCAGAUUCUAGAGGCCCCACCUUACUUCCUGGGUCUGGGCCUGUCUGCCUUCAGUCUGAGUGGGCUCCUAACAGGCCCCAUUUUUGGACUCUGGUCAGAUCGGAGCAAAACUACAAAGUCCAUCAUCCUUUUCUCAAAUGUUUUUGAGAUUGCUGGUAACUUCAUGUAUUUUGUUGGAUAUUCAAAGUGGCUGUUGCUGUGCAGUCGUCUCGUGGCAGGUAUCGGUGCAGGAGCAGGCUCCUCCAUCUUCGGUUUCCUGACCCGGAGCACUCGGCCAGAGGAGCGCGCCGGUAUCUUUGCCGCCAUCAUGGCCGCUCGGCAAGCCGGCCUCCUCAUUGGGCCCGCGUUCAACCUGUUCCUGCGGCUGUGUGAUUUCAAACUGGGGCCCUUUGUUGUGAACAAGUAUACGUCUCCUGGGAUCUUCAUGUGCCUGUUGUGGGUGCUGCUCCAGUUUGCGGUCCUGGCUAUGUACUGGGAUGUACCACCCAUCGGCUCGGAGGAGGGAGCAGCAGGGGCGGUGAAUCUGGAGAUGAAAAGGGAAGGGGAGGAGGCGCCGCUUAUGGGGUCUGACGAGGAGCCGGUGAACACCUACAGGGCCCUCGGCACCGACCGAUCGGAGAGCUCGGCCUCGUGUGAGAUGCAGCCUGUGAACGGAGCCUCGAACCCUUUCAAAAACUUCAGCGCCAGCAGAGAGUUCCUGAGAGAAGAGGUGGUCGUUCUCCUCACGGCUCAGUUCAUCACUCUCUUCAAUCAGACAGCGUUGGAGACCAUGGUGACUCCUCUGACGCAGCGCUACUUUGGUUUUGGCGAGCUGGGCAACAGUCUGAUGUACAGCCUGUGCGGGGUGGAGGUCAUCCUGGGCUUCUUCUUCGUGCGCUGGCUGAGCAGCAAGGUGGCGGACCGAGCCGUGCUGGCAGUGGGCCUGGUCAUCUGCUGCACCGCCUGUAUCUGGUGCCUCGUCUUCCUCUGCAACCCGCGAGGUGGUUAUGGAUGGGAGCUGUCGGCCUUCAUCAUCGGAGUGUUUCUGCAGCUGCUUGGGCUUCCCUUCGUGGCCGUGUCUCAGGUGUCUCUCUUCUCCAAAGUUACUGCUGAGAAAACACAAGGAUUCAGCCAAGGUGUCAGACGCUCAGUCGGGGGCCUGGCCACCAUCUUGGGGCCUUUGUGGGCUGGAGGACUGACCAAUAAUUUGUACAUAAUGCUGGGCAUGAUGCUCGCUCUCCUCCUGAUGAUCACAGUUAUGACGGCGCUGUCCUACGACCGGCUGACUGAGCCCAGGGCAGUGCAGUGUGAGCACAGCUCUGACAGCGGAGGAUAGAGCUGCAGUCUGUCUGAAGAGCAAGCGAGGCUAAAGACGGACGGAGGGAAUGCCCUUCACAUCUGAGAGAAUCAAUACAAGUUUACUGCAGAGGAAAGUGUAUGAGUGUGGAAUAAAAAUGUUGAAAACACACACUGGACCUCAGAACCUGCCACAGAGGUGAUCACACUUCACAGGUAAAAAAAAAAAAACCAAACUGUGUGUGUUUUUGGGCUCUGCAGCUUCUCUUCUGCUUUCAGAUGUUAUUAGAAUCUACCAUGUAACUAUUAGACUAUUAAUUAUAUUUUACACAAGGGGGCACCAUUGCUCUCAUGUUGAAUAUUCAGAGGCGUAAUUGAAGAUGAAAGCUAUUAUUUUUAAACUGAACUAUUUAUAUUCCCUGGUGUUGACAAAAAAAAAUAAGAGAGCAGGUUUUUCCAUGUGACCCUUGUACUGAAAUUUUGUUUCUUGUGCCUAGUCUGUCUUCCAGUAAAAAAAACAACAACAAAAAAAACUCUGAAAAUGAAACAGUUGACACAAUGAGUGCAGAAGUGGAGUUGUCAACAUCUUAGCAGCUCCAUGUCAGUGUAGCUGAUAGAAGAGGAGGGUCAAAGAGAGAGAAGCUUUAUAGAUUUGUUGCUGCGUUUUUUAUUGUGUUGGAGUAAAACUAGACACUUAAAUAUAAUCCCAGACAAAUCCAAAAGCCUUGGAUGCAAUUUAAAAAGUUGUUAUCUGAAUCUGUUCCUCCACAACUUGUGCAAAUGAGAAGCUCCUGAAUUAAAAAACAAAUUUAAAAA